ACUCGCAGUUUUGCUUGCAGGGUUCGCAGGGUUCAGUGCGGAAUCGCGGUUCUCCGCGGUGCCUGCAGCCCGUUCGGCCCCACCGCCGUCUGCCCGCCCAUGGGCACCGUCCCUCGGGCACAGGCGGGGGACAGCCAGCCUCGGCAGCGGAUCGGCGCCUGAUCCCGAGCUUGCCCACUGCCCCCGGCGAGAACUCCGAUCGGGGGUGGGGGGUGGCGGGCUGCGGAGCACACGGAUCGCCGUGUACACACAGAGGGAGAGGAAGACGGGAGAAACAUUGGAUAGAGUCGACCAUCCCAGCGAGGCCAGCUCGGCCUGGGCUUAGCCCGGCCACCGCAGGUCAAUCUGGAUUGAAAAAUGGCUGCACCAUGGUUAAUCUGGUACUUGCUGGCUGUGGCUUUCAUUGACUCUGCUCACUCCUUCGAUGGACCUAGUAUCACAGAGUGCCGCUCACCAGAACAGGAGACCUUCACGUGCAGUUGGAGUGUUGGAAGCAUCUGGAAUCGGACCGAACAUGGCCAGCUGAAGUUCCUUUAUGUAGAAGGGAAUAAUUCCAACUGGAGAGAAUGUCCAAAGUAUAUCGCUAGAGAAAAUAGCUGUUACUUCAAUCAGACUCAUACUUCAGAGACUGAGUAUUGUGUUCAACUAAAGUCUGGUAACAUCACACAUGACCAUCGAUGUUUCGUACUCGCUGAAAUUGUGAAACCAGAUGCUCCAAUCUCAUUGAACUGGUCGUUGUUGAAUAUUAGCCAGUCGGGACUGUUCAUGGACAUACAGCUGUGGUGGGCAGUGUCAGCGAAUGCCGAUGCCGGCUCUGGAUGGAUCGCACGUAAAUUUGAAAUCCACUAUAAACUCAGCCAGGCCGAGCACUGGAGUGUGAUUGAAACCUUACCUGGCCAGCGUCCACCUCAACCUCUUUACGGCUUUGCAACAGGGAAGGAGUACACUAUCCGGCUGAAGUGCAGUUACCAUGACGUUGGCAAUUUCAGUGAAUUCAGCGACGUUUUAUACGUCUACCUUCCAACUCCGCACUCAGUAGAAGAUCCGUUAGAAAGGCCCAGCAUUAUCGAAUGUCGCUCACCCGAGCAAGAAACUUUCACAUGCAGGUGGAGCAGUGGAACUUACCAAAACCUGACAGAACACAGGGAGCUGAGAUUCCUUUACACAAAGGGGAAUAAUGCCGACUGGAAGGAAUGUCCAAAAUACUUGCACAACAAAAGCUCCUGCUACUUCAACCAGACCUACACCUCCAUCUGGGUUUCGUACUGUGUACAGUUGAAGUCCGAACUUCAGGGUCAGGACAUCACUUUUGAUAAACGCUGCUUCUCCAUAGACAACAUAGUGAAGCCGGAUCCACCAAUUUCACUGAACUGGACGCUGCUGAAUAUCAGCCAGUCGGGCCUGCUUGCUGACAUCCAGAUGUGGUGGGAGCCUCCACCCACAGCUGAUAUUAAAAAUGGAUGGAUUUCUCUCAAGUAUGAGAUCCAGUAUAAAACCAGCAAAAGUAACCACUGGGACUCGAUUGAAGCUUUCUCCACCACCCAUCCAGUGUAUGCUCUUGGUACUGGUAAGAGUUAUGAUGUCAGGCUCAGAUGUAAGCAAAUCGCCAAUGGGGAAUUCAGCGAGUUCAGUGACAUCCUGCAGAUCUUUAUUCCAGCACCUCAAUCUGUGGAAGAAGCCGGACUGUUGUUCAGGUUAAUCCUAGUCUUUGCUUCACUGGGCACAGCCCUGAUAGUAUUCUUGAUCCUGUACACCAAGAACCAAAGAUUGAAGCUGUUCUUUCUGCCUCCUGUGCCUGUGCCCAAAAUCAAAGGAAUUGAUUCAGAUCUUCUCAAGAAAGGUAAAAUGGACGAAGUGAACUCAAUCUUUGCAAACCACCUGAGCUACAAGUCUGACGUGUAUAUCGAUGAUCCCUGGAUCGAAUUCAUUGACAUUGACUUUGAUGAUGUGGAUGAAAAGACCGAGGUGUUGGAUACAGACCGACUCCUGGGGACUGCCCACCCCAAGACUGACAAUUGCCUGAACGUCAAGGAUGACGAUUCUGGCCGCGACAGUUGUUAUGAGCCAGAUGUUUCUGAAGCAGAAGGUGCUGGCUGUAGGCCAAGUGCCAACGAAUUAACCAGCUUUCAACUGAAAGCCAGUGAUGAGAAAGAAGACAUGAAGGACGCUACAGGAAUUCCUGUGGGCACAUCGGGUGUAGAUAAUCAAAAGAGCCCACAGGCAAGCGAUGAGGAAUGUGACUGUAGCCAAGUGCAACAGGAUAUGACAGCCUCUACCAAAACUGAGUUCACUCAUCCACCUGUUCAUAGCCAGCUCAGCAACCAGAGCUCCUUUGGGAAGAUGGACUUUUACGCACAGGUAAGCGACAUCACGCCUGCAGGCGGUGUCCUCCUUUCCCCAGGGCAGCAGAACAAAGCAGAGGUAGUGCCAACCAAAGAAGCCUCAGCUGUUCCAAAGGCAGAUCAGAAAGGCAUGCACCCAGACAGUGCCUACACCUCAGAAGGCGACAUGAGGCAGUUCUGUGCCAGCAGCGCGAGCAAAGAGAACCUAUCAGGCACAGAGAAAAACCUGAAUCAAAGCAACUACUUUACCACAGAGAGCCUCGCAAGUACCGCGGUCGGGUCUUGUAAAGAAACAGAAAGCACCAGGCAGCCAAAGUUACCUGUGCCAGACUAUACCUCGAUACACAUGGUGGACUCUCAGCAGAGCCUAUUGUUGAACCCAAAUGUGCUGCCCAGCAAGAGCCAGCCUACCCUUGCUGGUUAUCUGAUGCCUGAACAACUUGGCAGUGUCGUCCCCUAGUUAGUUCACUGCACUGUUACAAGAGUGGUCUGAUAAACUCUGUAUAAUAACAUGGAAGUAUUAGCUCGCAAAAAAAAACACACAACGGUACCACCAUUAAGAAAUAUUAUAACUGAUAAAUCAAGAAUAUGAAUUAUUUUUAAAUGUCAGCUAUAUUUGUUAGUGAGAAAAGACUGUAUUUUUAUAAAGCUAAAACAGUUCCCAUAUAAAGAAGCUGGAAGAAAGUUCUCUGCCAAUUGGACUGGGAAUACUGUUUCUCAGUAAGCCAUUUUUCUAAUUCUUGGAAAUACCUGCUGCAAAUGGACUGUAAAAGUUCCAGAAGAAUUUGGGGAUCAAGGAUAGGUGCAAUCUUGCAUCCCUCAAACAUCAACCCCCUAUAAUCAGUGGAACUGAACUUGGAGGCAGGAGUACAGUGCAAAUCCCCCUUUGCUUUGUGAUGAAUUCUCGCUCUGAACUUGGUCGAGUCCCCAGCUCAUCCCUGUGUUUGUGACAGUCCUCAUUAUACCUCCGCUCAUUUUAGAAGGACAAUUGGCAGGAAUACCUAACCUAAGCUUUAUCUUAAAAUGGAUCUCAGGAACAAAGUCAAUAUUGCUAAUAAAGGAACUAAAACAUUAGUUACCCUCCCGAUAGAGGUCACUUAGCUUUUUAAAGGAGAACUCUCCGAGCAAAUACACUCUACAAAGUUUUCACUCUGUUAUGUCUCAAAUGGCUGUGGAAGUAAGAGGCUUGCUGAGGUGGGCUUCAGUUAUUACAGCAGUUCAAUUCUGAAACAUCUCAGUGCGGACUUAUCUGUUAACUUAAAAUCUCAGUCCUCCAGACAAUCAAGGCCCAAAGUAAUCUGUUGAAACUUCUUUUAGAUGGAAACCAUAUUCACAAGAGAUUCUGCACAUGCUGGAAAUCCAGAGAAACACACAGAUGAUGCUGGAGGAACUCAGUUGCUCCCUUCCAUAGAUGGGGCAACACGGCACGGCACCAUAGCAGUUAGCGCAACACUUUACAGAUCAAUGUUCAAUUCCCACUCCGCUGAUGUACACCCUCCCUGUAACCAGGUGGAUUUCUUCCAGCUCUUCCCAUUUCCUCCUACAUUCCAAAGACAAACGGUUAAAGGUAUUGUGUUGUGAGCAUGCUGCAUUGUUGCCUGAAGCAUGGCAACACUUGUGGGCUGCCCCAGCACAUCCUCACUGAUUUGAUUUGAUGCAAACAUGAACACGUGACAAAUAAGGCUCCUCUUUAGAUCUUUAUCUUUAUUCCCUCCAUAGAUGCUGCCUGACUUGCUGAGUUCCUCCAGCAUUUUGUGUGUGUUGUUCUAAGUGAAAACCCUCUCUUACAUCAGCCAUGAACCUCCGUCACCGUUCAUAGAGAAUAACAGGGCAGUUUAUCUGGAGAGAAUAAAUCCUUCCAGCGUACCAAUCCCCGAAUAACCCUAGUCUAAUCACAAUGACUAAUUAACCUAUGAAAUGGUAUACUUUUAGACUAUGGGAGGAAACCAGAUCACCCAGAGGGAAACCACAUUUUCUACGUGGAGGACUUACAAACCCCUUACUGAGGGUACCGGGAUGGAACCCCAAACUCCCAACACCCCAAGUGGUAAUAGUGCCGCACUAACCAUUACAGUGUCAUGGUGUCCCGCUGAUAAACUCCUUCCACCCUAUCGUCAUGUGAUUCAGGUAAAGCAAUCAGAAACAGGUCUUCAAUUGACUUCUUGAUAUUAACUUAGCUAGUAAGAGUUCUGUCCAUUAACCCCACGUUGAGUAUGUUGGACUGUUUAAAUAGUUGAACAAAGUCCAGUACAAAGUUGUGGGCUGUGGGAUAAGAGUUAAUGAUGGAACACUCUGCAGUGGCUCUCUCACCCUGCGAGCUGAACGCAUUACAAUUAAAAAAUCCAACUCUUUGCAAAUAAGAAAUUUGAUCCUAUUACUAAACUGUGAAAAUAGUAUAGCUCAGAUAUGCCUUUAUAAAUUCAGAAUAUACUUUCAACCAAAUAUUCCAUAGCUUCAUAGAAUUACAUAGCAUGAAAACAGGCCCUAUGGCCAACUGAUCCAUACUGUCCAAGAUCCCUACCAAUAUUAGUCCCAUAUCCCUAAACCUCUCCUGUCCAAGUGUCUUUUAAAUGGGGCACCAUGGUAGUGUAGCCUUUGGCCUAACACAAGUACAGUUCAGGCAUCGGAGUUCAGAGUCCAAUUCCAUCUCCAUCUUUAAGAAGUUUGUACAUGCUUCCCAUAAGCACGUGGGUUUCCUCCAAGUUCUCCAGUUUCCUCAUAUAGUCUAAAGAAGUACUGGUUGGAAGGUUAAUUGGUCACUGUAAAUUGUCCUGUCAUUAAGCUAGGGUUAAAUCGGUAGGUUGCUGGGCGGCGUGGGCUCAUUGGACUGGAAGGGCCUGUUCUGCGUGGUGUCUCUAAAUAAAUAAAAUAAAAAAUGUAGUUAUUGUAGCUGGCUUUACCAUUUCUUCAGACAGCUCGUUCCAUAUACAUACCACCCAUUCAAACCUCAGAUCCCAUUUCAUUCUCUCCUCUCACCAUAGAUCUAGCUUUAGAUUCGCUGCCCUGGCAGAAGGACUGUGACUGUUACUCUGACUGUGCUUCUCAUAUUCUAUAAAGUUACCCAUCAGCCUCUUUUGGAAGGGAAUCAAUCCUCCAAAGCAAGCCCUCCUGUACCAGUAGCAUCCAUAUGAAUAUUUUCUUCACCUUCUCUACAUCCUAAGGUGACCAGAACUGCACUUUAUACUCCAUGUGUGGUUUCUAGGGGCAUAGAUUUAGGGUGAGGGGCAACACUUCACACAGAGGGUGGUGUCUAAAUGAAACGAGGUGCCAGGUUGAGGCAGGUACAUGGAGAGAUAUGGGCUGACCUCAAGAAAUUGGGACUACGUAGGGCCACACUGUGGUUGGCUUUGACUGGGUGGGCCGAAGGGCCUGUAUUCAAUCUGUAUUGCUCCAUGACCCUUGCCUAUGGCUAAAGAGGAUACAGAGCUGUUUGUCAACAGCAGAUGAGGCUCAUCAGCUGAGGUUAGCUCAUUUAGGAUAAAGAAAACACUGAUCUCAAACCUUUGCUGCCUUGCAUCUACACCCACUCAUGGGGAAGGCUUUGGAGUAAAGUCAGAAAAAAAUCCAGAGUUGGAUUUCUUAAGGCUGUCCUAUGUUGAGUUCAAUGGUGACUGGCAACUUCUGCCAGCUGUAUGGAGAGGGGAAGCGUGCUACAUGGGCAACAGCUUGCAUGUGUAUCCACCCAGCUUGGACGCAACAUCCAUGGUCGACCCUGAUAUUGAGAAGGCCCCAGUUGUUGGCCUAAAACAUUAAGUCUGUUUCCUCUAUGUAAAUGCUGUUCAAUCCUUGUUAUACACAAGACUUUAAGCCAUCAACAGUACAAUUUUAUAUUUCUCUGAUUUCCUUUAGUAGAUUUAAGCAUGUAGUAAGAGCUACAGUCACUGUGAGAGCAUUCCUCACCAAUUUCCACCCCUAGCUCUUCCCCAAGGUGUGGUGCUGCUUCUGCUUUCUCAGUAAGAUACACGAGGAAAUACUCUGUCUGUAGGAGCUCCUGAGUUCCACUUGCCAACGAGUGUAGAGUUAUCCUUCAAUCUUCACAAAGCCAUUCACCUACAGCCCACCCUGUCCCAGUAAUGCUGUCAUAGGCCCCAUCCAUCCAGUUGUAUUACAUGUUUGUUCCAGGAUGCAGUCAUAGAUUCAACCUUCAACACCACCCCACAAUCGGGAGCCACAAAUUCCAUGCAGACCGUCUUGUCCGGUGAGCUUGUCCCAACUGCCUGAGUUUGGCCUAUGGCCCUCUAAACCUCUCCUACCCGUGUACUUACCGAGAAAGCUUUUAAAUGUUGCUAGUGUUGUAUGCCUCAAGAACUAUUUCGGGCAGUUCAUUCCAAAUUCACACCACCUUCUGUGUGAAGAAGUGCCAUGGUGUCCCCAUUAAAUCUCUUGCCCCUUUAAACCUGUGCGCCUCCCUGGGUAAAAUUGCUGUGUGCUUUCAGACUGUCUCUGCUCCUUACCACUUUAUGUGCCUCUGUCAGGUCACACUUCAAUCUCCUAUGUUCUGGGAAAUAAAGUCCUGGUGUACAAAAUAUACUUCGAGUCAUAGAAACAGGCACUUUGGCCCCUCUAAUCCAUGCCAAACCAUUAGUCUGCCUAGUGCCAUCAACCUACAUCUGGACUUUAGCCCUCCAUACCCCUCCAAUCUACAGUAUGUACCUGUCCAAACUUCUCAAAUGUUGAAAUCAAACCCACAGCCACCACUUCUGCUGGCAGCUCGUUCUACACACUCACCGUCCUCAGUGAAGAAGUUGUUCCCCUUAAAUAUUUCAUCCUUAACCCAUGACAUCUAAUUCCAUUCUUGCCUGGCCUCAGUAGAAAAUGUGUGAAGAGGCCACUGGAUCCAUCUAGUCCGCUUGUUCUCCCCAACCCUGUCACAGGCCUAUUAGCAAUUGCAUUGCACCAGCUUCCUUAAUCCCAUUUAUAAAGUGGUUAUAUGUUAGUCAGUACUUGAUUAACUUUCUAGCUGCUUCAGACAAGUGCAUUGAGUUGCUGACUGAAUAGCUGAAGGGCAGAUAAGCUAUUGAAAUCUCUGGCUGACACCAGGCCUCACUCAGGGACUGUAAUGGUGCCUUGCUAUUGCUCUAUAUUUUACUGAUUUAAAAAAAACAAGUGAUGCUGUAGCAUCAUUACCUCCCUGGAUAAAAUGUGAAUCCAACAAAGUUUAAACCGAAUCAGUAAAUGGGCUUUUUAUUGUCACGUGUGCCAAGGUACAGUGAAAAAUGAGUCUUUUCAAUUCAUUGCGACGAUGUAGUGACGGAGUACAAAGUAAAACAAGAGCAGAGUGCAGAUAAAGUGUCCCGGAAAGGACAGCUCUGGCAGACCAUAAUGAGGUAGGAUAGUUCAAAAGUUUGUCUUAUCAUAUUAGGGGACUGUUCAAUAGUGGGUGUACAUUUCUAGAACAGAACACUACAGCGCAGAAACAUGCCCUUUUGCACAUCUACUACAUUCUGAACUAUUAAUCUGCCCUGUCCCAUUAACCUACACCCAGACCAGAGCCCAACAUACCCCUCCCAUGCAUGUACCCCUCAAAAUUUCACUGAAAUGUUGAAAUGGAUCCAGCAUCCAUCACUUGCACAGGCAGCUCAUUCCACACUCUCACCACCCUUGGAGUGAAGAUAUUCCCCUUUCACCCUUAGCCUAUGACUUCUAGUGGAAAAAGUCUGCUUGCAUUUACCCUUCAUAAUUUUGUAUACCUUUAUCAAAUCUCACCUCAUUCUCCUACGCUCCCUAUCACUCAGGUCAAAUCCCGGCAACAUCCUUGUAAAUUUUCCCCGUAUUCCUUCAAUCUUAUUUACAUAUUUCCUGUAGGUAAGUGACGAAACCUACACACAAUACCCCAGAUUAGAUCUCAUCAAUGUCUUACAACUUCAACGUAACAUCCCACCUUCUGUGCUCAAUAAUUUGAUUUAUGAAGGCCAAUAUGCCAAAAGCUUUCUUUAUGACCCUAUCUAUAGGUGCGCCACUUUCAAGAAAUUCUAUGAGACAUACUCCUGUAAACCACCUUACUCUGCAGACAGGGGAGGGUAAAUCUGGGGGAGGAGACUCAAACAGCCUCUGCCUUAUCCUUGUUCUGCAUUCACUUCACCUUAACUUGCUUCCCAUUCUCAGUGCAAUGUUCUUAUCCUAAAGGUCACAACCAAGCUAAAGGCUCGAUGUAGCCACCACAAGGUUGGGCGAUUGUUGCUGGAAACUGAACAAAUAUAAAAGUCAAUUAUAAAAUAAUGGUUCUUUUAAAAAUUGCCUCAGUAAAGAACAAUGUUCCUCCAACAUAGUUUACAGUGGGACUGGUGUUGGAGGUCCCUUUAGUCCAUCACACUAAUGACACCACAGUAAGUGUGGCAGUAAGCACUAUGCUAUACAGCUCGGUGUCAAAGUUCGGAGUUCAAUUCUGGCAACGCCUGUAAAGAAGUUUGUAUGCACAUGGGUUCCUUCCCACAGUCCAAAGACCUACGAGUUAGUAGGUUAAUUGGUCAAUGUAAACUGUCCUGUGACAAGGCUAAUGUUAAAUAGGUGGUUUGCGUGGUAGGCAAGGGCCUAUUCUGCUCUGUAUCUCUGAAUAAAUAGAUCAAAAGCUGUUCUUUCUGUAAGGAAAUGCCACCUAUCUGAGCACUGCUGUUUUGACUUCAGGCUUUCUAUAAAGGUCUUACAGGAGUUAUCCCAUUCGAGGAAACCAGCUUGAUCUGUAAGAUGGUAUAUUUGCUUUUCUAUCUAUGGAUAAACUGAGAUUUGCACCUGACCUUGUAACCUCCUUAAAACGUAUGCUGCCAUUUCUCAGUUUUUCUGAAAGACUUGUAAUUUCAGAGGCAGCAAUCCGUAUCAUAGAAUGAUCACAGCUUAUCUCCUCCAGAGCAAUCACCAGUUCCACACCACCCCUACCUCGUCCCGCCUUUUCUCCAUAGCUUAGAAAAUUUUCCCCCACCUUAUAUUUGUCCAAUGCCCUCAAAGAUCUCAGUGGAACCUGUCUCCCCCACAUUUGGAGGCAAUACAUUCCAGAUUCCAAACACAUGCUGUGAAAAAUCAUCUCUCCUCACAUCACAUUUGAUUCUCACCCCUUCGACAAUGAUUCCUGUGACCACUACUCAAACUCUCCAGCAGUUCACCCCUUACCACUUCAUAUAUUUUCGCAGAUCUCUCUUCAUCCCGCUCUCAAAACAGAGUCAGCUCCUCCAAACUAUCCUUGUGUCUCAUCUCCUAAUCUUUUCUGGACUCUCUCCAAUGCCUUCUCACCCUCUCUACAAUGAGAUAACCAGACUCAAGUUCAACUUUAAUCAUCAUUCAACCAUGCACACGAAUACAGGAAAAUGAAAGUGUUCUUCUAGGACUAAGGUGCGAACAGUCAGACACAGCACGCAUAUUGUACAUAUGAUAGCAGAAAAACAUACAGUUACAAAGAUAAUAAUAAUAGACUGAAGGCAAUAUUCCAGUAGAGCUUGGAGCAGUGCUUUUUAAAGACUGAACAUACCUUCCUUGCAUUUUUAGUCUAUGCCAAAGUUAUAGCUGCCUUAUUAACCCCUUUCAUAAACUGCCCUGACCCUUCAGUGAUGUGUAUUCAUUUUUCCAGACACACUGGUCCUGCAAACCCUUUUAGAACAGCAGUUUCUAUAUUGACCUCUUCUUUCUACCAAGGUGGAUCAUUUCACACUUCCCCAUGCUGCCCAGUCCACCAGCCUGUCUAUCUUGCUGUAGUUUGGCAUCACCCUCUUUGCAAUUGCUAGAUAUUCCUCACCACUUCUUGGCAUUUUUUUAGAAAAAAAAAUUUAUUUAGAGAUACAGCGUGGAACAGGCCCUUCCGGCCCAAUGAGUCACGUCGUUCAGCAACCCACCAAUUUCAUCCUAGCCUAAUCUCAGGACCAUUUAUCUUACUAACUGCUAGGCCUUUGGACUGUGGGAGGAAGCUGGAGCACCCGGAGGAAACCCAUGCAUUCAAUAGUUCAAUUUUAUAUCAGACAAUGUAUACAAUAUACAACCUGAAAUUCUUACUCUACACAGACGUCCAUGAAACUGAAAAAGAAUGAAUGACAGAAAAUGUUAGAACCCCAAAGUUUCAUGGGAAAACUUCAUAUAAACGGCGUUGGAAUUGAACUCCAAACUCCAAUGCCUCAGCCUGUAAUAGUGUUGCUCUAACCAUGGUAUGGUUGGCACUUCGUUGGAAAUGGUUUGGGGGUGGCCACUGGGUCAAAUCUUACACAGGGGUCUGCAACCAUCAGUGUGACCCUGCACUGUUUACUGCUAAAGUAAGCAAGAUGCUCAAGCUGUUUCAUGUCAAUGACGGGAGCAGCAGACAGCAAGUUUCUUUCUCCCUCAGUUCAGAUAAAAACAACACCAUUAAUUGAAUUUGUAUGAUUACUCAGUUGACAUGUGGAUGAGUGAAAAAUGGAAGGUUACGUGGGAGGGAAGAGUCAGAUUGAUCUUAGAGUGGGUUAAAGGGGCCGAAGAGCCUGUAUUGUGCUGUACUGUUCUAUAAGAUCAGAACAUAUAGGAGCAGAAAUAGGCCAUCUGGCCCAUUGAGUCUGCUCCGCUAUUCAAUCAUGAGCUGAUCCAAUUCUUCUAGUCAUCCCCACUCCCCUGCCUUCACCCCAUACUCUUUGAUGCCCUGGCUAAUCAAAAACCUAUCUAUCCCUACCUUAAAUGCACCCAAUGACAUGAUUUCACAGCCAUUUGUGGCAACAUAUUCCACAGAUUUACCACCCUCUGACUAAAGUAAUUUCUCCACGUCUCUGUUCUAAAUGGGUCCUUCGAUCCUGAAGUCAUGCCCUCUUGUCCUAGACUCCCCUGCAUGGGGAAUAACAUUGCCAUAUCUAAUCUGUUCAGGCCUUUUAACAAUCAGAAUAUUUUUAUGAGAUCCCCCCCUCAUUGUCCUGAACUCCAGGGAAUUCAUCCCAAGAGCUGCCAGACAUUCCUUAUGCAGUAACCCUUUCAUUCCUGGAAUCAUUCUUGUGAAUCUUCUCUGAACACUCUCCAUAUAUUCUGCGUCUCCAGUUUGGGACCACAGGAGAAGAGACAUAGAAGUUUCUUUGAUGUGGGUUGAUUUAAUACGAACUGGAUAUAUACAUACAACAUAGAACAUCACAGUACAGUACAGGCACUUUGGCCCACAAUGUUGUGCCGACCUAGAAACCUACUCCAAGAUCAAUCUAACCUUUCCCUCCAAUUUCCCUUCAUCCACAUGCCUAUCUAAGGGUCUCUUAAAUGUCUACCACCACCCCAGCAGUGUAUUCCAUGCACCCACCACUCUACAUAAAGACAUCCCCCCCGAUUCUUUUCUCCAGUCACCUUAAUAUUAUGCUCCUUCGUAUUAACCAUCUUUUGCCCUGAGAAAAAAGGUCUCUGGCUGCCCACUUAUCAUCUUGUACACCUCUAUCAAGUGGCCUUUUGUCCUCCUUUGCUCCAAAUAGAAAAGCCCUAAUCGCUCAGCCUAUCCCCAUCAGGCAUACUCUCCAAUCCAGACAAUCUCCCUCUACGUCUUCUCUAAAACUUCCACACCUUUCCUAUAAUCAGGUGACCUGACCAUCUUCUGGUCUUUCUGAGGGCUCCAAAAUUUGACAGAAAAAAUAAAACCCACAUUGCAUUUUAUUCUGUUGCUGUGGGGCCACAAAAGUCAUUGUGGGGUGGGAACAAGUUUCUGAAGUAGGGUAGGGUAACAUUGCUACACAUCCCACCACAGCAUCUGAGAAAUUCAGUUUCACUGUGUGGAGUGAUGUCUUGUGUUCCCACAGGUAACUGUAAAACACUUGGAUUCUGGUUGAAUCCCAUGUGACUCCACUUAAUUACUUAUGGCCAUCACCCCUGCUGGGGCUUGGGCCGCGCACAGCAACUCCCCACAGUCCUAUGUCCUGGGCAGUCUUUCAAGUUCCUCCAUGUGUAUCCCAUCUAGACAAAGGCCCUUCCUCACCCAGGGAUCAGGACUUUGGAGCUCCUGUUGAUGUUUCUGUAGCUCUGGGUUUUUACAGGAUGGGGUUGCUAGCCCCAUGACCAACCGUCCUCCCUUUGCAACUGAGCUUGGGAAUGCCGGUGAUGGAGUUCAUGUGACUCCAGAUGCACCAAUAUUGUUGAUUCCUAACUCUUUCCUCGAUACAGCUGGUUUGGCAUGAACAAUCCCAUGAAAUAAUCUUCAUUUGAGAGGUUUAUCUGAGUGAGGACAGGUGUGUAUAAUAAUGCAGAACAUCUCUAGUCAGCCUACUCCCUGUUUUACUCUCUCCCCACCUCCCCCCCCCCCCCCCCCCCACACACACACUCACGUUUCUGAGCAGAACAGAAGCUGGAUGUCUUGAGUUCUCUCUGAGGAUUCAAAUCCUCACACCCAAGAACACACAGUUAUUCAUUCUUAAAAUCAAAUGGCUAAAGAAUUCUGAAGGGUCCGGGCUUGGUACAAUGAGUUCGUGGGAGGAGGUUUUAUUCUGAAGACAUAUUGUCAUGAAAUGUAAAACAUUGUACGCAAAUGAGCAAAUAUACAGAUAACCGAGUGCAAGGGGCAAUCUCUCUGCUGUUGUGGAGUAUACACUGCUCUACUGGAAAUGACAAUAAAAGAGCUUGAAUCUUGUCUGCAUAGGACAGGGUGUAUUGUGGCUGCUACUCCAGUUGGGUUCUGUUUAGUACAUGAACCAAAUUAUUAGUAAGCAAUCGAUUUCUACAUUAUGUGUGGGUACCAUAACCCUCCAACUUUGACAGUGUUUUUCAGGUUAUAAAUAAGGUUAAACAAAUAUUUUAUAUGAAGUUUGCUGCUAUGAACGUGUGACCCUAACAGUAACAGACAAAGCCACUCUUCACCCCUGCUGAUUAAACUGCUCAUGGCUGACUGCAUUCAUACAGCCAGCUCAAUCAGAUUUUACGCAGCAGUAUUAUGUAUUAACUAAACUAAAGGUACACACUAAGGCAGCAUGAUAUUAACUGGUGCAGCAGCAAGCUCUUUCAAGAAUUUAAAACAUUUCACAUUAAUUAUUUUCAAAAAACAAAGAUGUAUUUAAAUGAAUGCAUUCUCAGUGUUAUACUAUGUGAAGAUGGAUAAGUUUUCCCUGUUAACGACAACACAUUGUAUCCAUAUUCCCACCAUCCCAGGGUGAUUACUAGGGUGGCAGGCUGAACUAACCUCACUUCAUAACUUCCAUUAGCAUUGUUCUUCCCAUAAACCCAAAGCAAGAAUGAGUAAAUUUACAAGGAUGCUGCCAGGACUUGAGGGCAUGAGUUACAGGGAAGGGUUGAAUAGGUUAGUACUUUAUUCCCUGGAGUGUAGGAGAAUGAGGGGAGAUUUGACAGAGGUAUACAAAAUUAUGAGGGGUAUAGAUAGAGUAAAUGCAAGUUGGCUUCCUCCACUGGAGGUCAUAGCUUAAGGGUGAAAGGUGAAAUAUUUAAGGGGAAAAUGAGGGGGAGCUUCUUCGCUCAGGGUGGUGAGAGUGUGGAAUGAGCUGCUAGCAGAAGUGAUAGAUGUGGGUUUGAUUACAACACGAGAAGUUUGGAUUAAAUCAUGGAUGGUAAGGCUAUGGUCUGGGUGCAGGCUGAUAGGACAAGGUAGGCAGGUUAAUAGUACGGUCUAGUUUCAGUGCUGUAAUGCUCUUUGACUCAAGCUCAGCAGAAUAAGAUAAUUAAGCA